AUGACAGAAAAACUAAUUUCUGAAUCUGGAGUCGAUGUGGGUAGGGUGGUGGUUGCGAACUCUGACGAAGAGCUGACUACGUGCCAGGAAGCCAAGUGGGAGCUUCACAUCACUGAUGCUGAUGGGAAAUCAGUUGAUAAUGCCGGACUCUCAUUCUACGCCGAACUUCGGGGACCAGCGAUUAUUGUGCCCAGAGUCACAUAUCAAGGAAAUGGCGUGUACAACAUGCACUUCACACCACACACUCCUGGAGAAUACAAUGUUCUAAUUCGCCUAGACUUUGCACGGCACGCCGGUGAUCAGGCCUGCACGAAUGAAAACACCUCAUUUAUGCUCGCGCAAAAGCUGCCCAAUGCACCAGAGACCAUUACAGUGGCCUCGAAAAGUAACGGGACCGGUCCUAAUCGAAACGGGACAGUUGCAUCCCACAUGUGCGGUGAGGGUACUAGCAGGACGGAUCAUGAGCGGUACACACUGGGUCUACCUACGGGCCAGUGGAUUGAGGUGUCGUGCAAAGAACCUGCCGAUGACUUCGAGCGAGAAGCGUGCGAUAUUGGUCUGGUCGAAUUCGUUACAGGCUCGAUUGACAAAGCCAUCCCCGAUUCUCCCGAUCGAGGCCAACCCGAAAACUGCCAAUGGGAGAGAGAUUAUCCCAAGAAAGAGGAUCCAAACUAUCUGUGGCGAGCCUUCUCGCCCACAUACAGCCUGUUUCCCACGGAUGAACUAAAGAACACUUGGGUGCACGUCAUGGGCGACUCCAUCGAUCGCUUUAUGCUGUCCGAUACCAUGUGCUGGUUGCUGAACCACAAGUUCGCAGAGGAGGGUCGCAUGUGGGAGGUACCAUAUCUCGACCCCACAAUAGAGCAGCCGCAGAACCGACUCAGGACCAGUGUGAGAGUGUACCAUUGGCCCAAGGCGAAUGUGACGUUCUCGUACUACUCGUUCACCAAGCGUGUGCGUAUUCCGCAUGUACGCAUGUACAACGACAACUAUAAGGCGGCGCGUCAAGAAUGGCCUGGGAGAACCGUGCAUGCGUUGUGGGCCACAAUUGUCCCACUCACCAAGAUGUACCGACCAUCGGUGUUUGUGCUGGCCUAUCACUUGCACCCUGCGAGUGAGGGUCUGACUGAUGACAUCUACAGAGAUACCUUAAAGCAAACUAUUGGACACCUGAGAUCGGGACCGGGACAGGGCACUCCGAUUGUGUGGCGGAGGGGUACUACCACGCACAUGCACAGGAG